AUGGCGGACGACACUAGUCACCAAGUCACAACUGAUUUAGGUCACCCUUUGCCGCGGCGAUCCACGCCCGAGAAGUCGGUGACCCUCUACCACCACCGACUGGCCCACGAGGCCAGCAAGAGAUUCGAAAAUGAAAAGCAACAGUCCACCCUCACCUCACACUCACAGCCGCAAAUUCAUGCGCAACCACAGGCCACAGCGUCGCCCAGGAGGGAUUCUUCCGGAGAGAGCAAUGAAACUGAUCCCAAGACCUGGUUCGAUCGCUCCAACAACAACCCAGUCGGCCAUUAUGAUGCCUCGAUGGACGUCGACCCACCGUUUUUCCAAAAGGAAACCGACUCUUCCAACGAGGGGCGAGACGCAGGUGGUGUCAUUCCAGAUGCCCCCUACCCGUUCGAGGGCGGCCUUCGCCAAACUGUCACCCACAGCAGCAGUGCCGACGACUACCGCAGUGUCAUUGACGACUUGACCAUCGAGAACAAGCGGUUAAAGGAGGAACUGAAGCGGUAUAAACAGUAUGGGCCGCCCAUGAUGCAGAAGGAGAAGCUGUUUGAGAUCAAGAUUCACGGACUACCGAGGCGGAAGAAGCGCGAGUUGGAGGCCACGCUGCGAGACUUUGCCGCCAGUCUCGAGGGGUCGAGUGAUUCACCAUCGUGGAGGAAAUCGAGCCGACAAGAAAAGAAGAACAUGUAUUCUUCUGGGGACUCGAAGCAUGCGUCAUCGUCUUCCUCGCACUCGCGGCCCGUGGAUUCGGCCUAUGCAUCCAUGUCUACCGGACCUAGUUCCCACGGUCCCAACUCGAUAGGGAGGUCGCUCGGACGCCCUUCUGUUGGUUCUCGCGCAAAGUCGUCGCAGCAAAAGGUGGAGAACUACCUUCGAGACACCCCUGACGGUCUGCUCCCGCGUCAGAUGCUAAUGACGGACAAGGAGAAGAAGAAACUGGUGGUCAAACGUCUCGAGCAGUUAUUCACGGGCAAAAUCAGCGGGAGGAACAUGCAUCGAAACCAGUCCAUGUCCUCGCUCGAGGCGCCCGCACCACCACCGGAUGCCGUCAUGGGACCACCCAAAAUGUCGGAAGCCUCACGAGAGGCGUUCAUCCAGCCGCUGGAUCCUAGCCAAAAGAAGACUCGUUCGAGAGAUAAUGCGUCGACAUCCAAUGGCGAUCAGACGGAGAGCGGCGGUCACGGCAACGGAAGCGGCGAUGGCAAUGGAAGCGGAGGCAGAGGCGGAAACAACACAUCACCUCCCUCGGUCCCGCUGCCAGAACAGCGUCCAACUAGACCAGUCGAUUUGGACCCCGACCGAUUGCAAAUACCGUCCGAGAAUCUAAAGUACAUCCAACAUCUUGGGCUGGUCCCCGAAGAGUUUCUGGUAUCCAAACAGACGGAGUAUGACGAUGUUGCACCCGAUGCGGACGGCUGGGUGUAUCUCAACCUUCUCGGAAAUCUCGCCCAGUUGCACAUGCUCAACGUCACCCCGGGUUUCAUCCGGGCCGCCGUCAGUGAGAAGAGCACCAAGUUUCAGCUCUCGCCAGAUGGCCGGAAAAUUCGAUGGCGCGGAGGCACAGAUGGGACCAAUUUUAGCAGCGACAGCGGGGACGGCUCACAAAAGAGCCCCAUGACCGAGGACACUGAUGGUUCCAAUGAGAGUGGCCAGCGCAAGAAGCUCAAGAAGGGCCAGGGCAGUCAUUCCGACUCCAAAUUUGUCCCGCAGGCAUCCUCUCGCUCCGACCUGUUCCACUACAAGCCUCUGUUUGUCCAUCGAACUUCUUCGGCAGAAACGUCGGUCGAGGGCACGGGAUCCCUGGCAUCGGAUGAGGUCGAGGAUAGCAACCUUGAAAAUUCCAAGUAUGGGUACAGUGGCUCUGGAUCGACGCAGCGCAAGAAACGGCGACACGACGGUGCCAUCAUCUACUACAGCGGUGCCCCUUUCUGCACGGAUCUGUCGGGUGAUCCUGGUGACAUAUCACCCACCACCUAUAUGACCUCGACUGGCCGGGACUUUUCGACGCUCGACUCGGCACCGUCUCUGCUGCAGAGGAGCCUGUCUGGGUCGUCUCUCGUGAUCCGACCGCUCAGCGAUGCCCGGCCGUUUGUCUCGGAAACCCUGGGCAUGGAAAUUGACAAGUAUCUGCCCAGUGACGAAGAGACGGACGACGACAUGGAGUUCCCCUGGUCAGACAGCUCAGCACUUGUCCGACCAAAGAUGUCCGAGACACCUCUCGAGCCCUGCGGUCUAGGCGGUGUGAUACCAGAAGACCACUUUGCUGUGGUUGUGGUGACCCGUCGGCCAAUCAACUGCGUUGUGGACACGCACCUGCGCGAUAGAUCGGUGUCGGUGGACAAUGCGGAAGUUAUUGCUCGUCGACUGGAGUGUAUGAGGACCUCGUCGCCGCUGCCACCUCGACGGAAUAGCAGGACGGGUGGAACCAACUCUCCCAUUCAGAUCGAGUAUGUCGAGGGACGGAUGCUUCGUCUGAAGCCGGCUUCUCUGCCACCCCCAGCCAUGUAUCUUCCUCCUUUCAGCAGCGAGUCCGACACGGAUUCUGGAAGCAUCGACAUGACUUCGGCAGAGAAUGACGAUGUGGAACAGGACAGCACUUCCCAGAGCUUGAUUUCGAGGCGGGCCAACCCUCACUUCUCGGAUGCUCGCUUGGAGGAGGAUGAAUCUGAGGAGUCUGAGGAGCUCGGUGAUGUGAAUAUGGGAGCGGAUGCUGUGGUGGGAGCUGUUUCGGACGAUGCCCACCGUCCGCCUGCUGACCGGAUGGAGAGCUCGAGCACUGGGAAGGUGGCCAUGCUUUUACACCCAGGAAGCUCUGUUGCGACUGCGGGAGGGGAUGAGAGCGGAUAUUCUAGCUCGAUGGAGGAUGAUGCUACUUGA